AAUGCUCACUUUAAACUUUUCAAAAAAUUUUGUUGGAGAAGCAAGAGAGAAAAAAUUGUUGCUUGAAUGUAUUUACAAUUUAAAACGCCAAAAACAUUGUAGUAAAAGAACAUUUUUUAUCAAUCAAUGGAGGUCAUUUAAGCGUUGGCAAGAAGUUGAGCAUCACAACAAGGAAUAUUUUGAAUGGAAGUAUAGAAUGGAAAAUUAUAUAAAAAUGGAUGGGAUGUAUUUAACACCCGAACGAUCUCAAGAUGGUAAUUUAUCUAUCAUUUUAUAUUUUUUCAAAUCUUUCUUUUUUAAAGUUAUGCCCAAAAAAGCAAUUCAAGAUCAAGAUCAGUGGAUGUUAGGCACUUUUCCUACUCAAUACCAUAUUGCAAUGAAACAACUGCGAUAUGUUGACCAUAGUUUUGACAAUCUUCGUCGUUGUAGGGACUAUAGACACUUUCAACGGCUUCAAUUUGAUCAGAGAUUUUUGCCCGAACGUUUGUUGUUUUUGGGCCCUGAUUUGGCUGCUGCUCAUUUUAUUGUUCACAGAAAUGGCUCCGUUAAAUUCAUGGAAGAUCCAAAUUGGUAUAAACGUGAGGGAAAGCUUAGGAGGUAUGCAUUACCGGGAAAAAAGGUUGAUGGAAUGUAUAUUGAGGCGAUUGAUGCAUCUGGGACAGAAUUAAUGUUUGAAGGUUUUGAUAAUUUAUACGACUUGGAAUUCCUUCGCCUUCUAAGUUUAAAAAACUGUCAGUAUGUGGAUGAUUGGGUUUUGAGUCGAAUUGGAGGAAUGUUUUCAAAUUCAUUGGAAAUGCUGGAUUUGAGUAAUUGUAAACGAAUUUCUGCGAAAGGGCUUGUUGGAUUACGCUCAUUAACAAAAUUACGCUUUUUAAGGCUUGAUGGGCUUGAAAAUAUUGAAGGAAUUGAGAAAAGUGCUUUAAUGUUGGAAGAUGCAAUUCCUGAUUUGGUCAUAACUGGGCUUGAUUAUGACAAGGCAUUAUCUCAACUCGAGGAGGAAGAAAAGCUUCUUAGACACGAUCGAAUAGUUUUGGAUGCUAAAGGGAACGCAUUCAUUGAAGAUGACAAUGGACGAUUUUUCUAUGUUAAAGGCUCGGUUAAUGAAAGGGUUGCGGUCUGUGAUCAGGACAAACCUUUGGUGACUUCAGUGAUAAGAAGAGAACUUCCAGCUAUGGACACUGAAGAAUUUGAGGAUUUGGAUGAUUUGGCUAAAGGAAAAUUACGCCAUUUUCUUGUUGGGUCACCUAGUGGAUAUUCAUGGACAGAACAAGUAGAAACAAUAUUAACACACGAAGAAGGCUGGAGACAUUGGGAAGGCAUACCUACAGAAAUAAAAAUGUUACCAAAAUAUAAAAGAGUUGCCCUUUUAGAGGCUAGACGACAAAAUAAAUUGUUAAAUAAUGGAGAAUUAAUGUUGGAAUUAACGAAAGAUUCGGGGCAAGAACAAAUUGAAGGUGGGGAAAUGGACAAACAACAACAAAUUGUUUGUGGGUGAAAAAAAUUUUUUAGGAAUUUUUUUGUAUUUUAUUAGAUUAAUCGUGUUAUUAAAGAGAGGGAUGCUCUUUCUGCGGAUUUUUUUCAUUUUUUCUUAAAUAAGGUUCACAGAAAAGUCCGCAAAUUUUGAAAAAGUCUGUAAAUCUAGUUAAGUCCGCAAAUCGAUAGGAAAAGUCCGCAAAUUGUGUGAAAGUUCGUAAAUUGAUAAGAAAAGUCCGCAAAUAUUUAGAAAGUCCGAAAAUCUGGAAAAAGUCCGCAAAAUGAUAAAAAUCCGCAAAUUGAUAAGAAAUGCCCGCAAAUUGAAAAAGUCCGCAGGAAAAGCACCUUUUAUUUUUUUGUUUAAUUCCAUUUUACAAUAAAAAAAUUUAAUUAAAAAGGCUCAUUUAGGUCAGAGAUCAUUUUUAAAUUAUUCUUCACACGUUCCACAAGUUCUUUUACAAAAAAGCAUUCCCGUAAGUCCUGGGCAGUGUUCCAAGCUUAAGUUUUCGCAUACUGGGCUUUCAUCCUUGCAUUCCGUCUCUUCCGUUAUUCUACUUGAAGGCUUAAUUUCCUCUUCUGCUUUAGCCUUUGGGCAUUGGCCACACGAAAAAGGACAAAUUUCUGUUCGAAGUUUUUCCCAUU